AGAUGAUGCCUAAUUGUUAAUAUCCUUCAGAGAAAUGUUGCAUACCUAUCUUCUCAAAUCGUCUACUCCUCAUUGUUAUCAAACAACAAUUCACCAGGUGAAUGAAUAACGCUCCCCACCGCAUCAGUGCAAUUUCCUAACCACAAAGCCGCGCAAUCAUUUAAUAGUAGUACCACAUAGUAAACAUCAACUAAAUUGCUGGUGAGUAAUCGUACCAUCAGCAGUACAAACAACUGAACGUCGAAAAUGACUAAGCUGGGUAUCGGUAGGCAGUGCCUGCACUGCUCCGCUGAGUGUUCCACAAUGCCCGUUCUCGUUAACAGCGUUUUAAACGCUGCGGAGCGCUUUUUAUUAACUUCAAUUAAAACUAAUUCCCUGCCAUCCUGUGCCCGCGUCAGGGGCCAAAAGGCCUAUAGAUCAUAAGCCCAAUGAGCUUCAAACAGUCACAUCGCUCGAAAGGACUUUUCUUGUUUUCGCGCCUUUGUUAUUGUUUUCUUAACUCAAGACACUAGUGUUCGGUGAAAUUAAUCGUGUUUUUUUGUGAUAUACCUAGUGAUACAUAAAACUUCGACAGAAACCAUGGAUAAUAUUGAUACUGUUCGCAGAUCACAGUUUUCGGAACUAGUCAGAUACUCAAGGCCCAUGUUAACUGCAGCAGGUGCCUUCACAAUCAUUAUUAUGAUAGUGGGAGUACUAGGUAAUAUGUUAACGAUUGGCGCUUUGCUAAGACAUUCCAAACUAAGGACAGUAGCUGCAGCAUUUAUUGCCAGUUUAUGCAUAUCAGACCUACUGUUCUGCUUCCUCGUACUGCCAUUUUCUGCUAGUCAAUUUUUCCAUGGCACCUGGAUACACGGUGCAGUGCUAUGCACAAUGGUUCCGACGUUGCGUUAUGGCAGUGUUGGAGUCUCGCUACUUAGUAUAGCUGCAAUAUCAAUAAACAGAUAUAUUUUGAUAGCUUGGCCUCAUCUUUACCAAAGUAUUUAUACGAAAUGGAAAGUAGUAUUGUACAUUGGCAUCAUUUGGUUUAUUAGUUACGGAUCUCAAGUGCCCAUACUGUUGGGAAAGUGGGGCACAUACGGUAUGGAUGAAAAACUGGGAACCUGCUCGAUAAAACGCGAUGCCCAAGGUCGCAGUGCCAAAAUAGCACUUUUCGUCUUAGGCUUCGCCUUGCCCUGCAUCGUGAUCAUAGUCUGCUAUGCCAGGAUAUUCUGGGUGGUGCGGACGUCUCACCGGAAGUUACAGCAGCACAACACGGGAAAUAAGUACAAGAGGAGCGAGAUGAAGAUCACGAAAAUGGUCUUGGUGAUAUUCAUUUGUUUCAUCGUUUGUUACCUACCCAUUACGCUUGUUAAGAUUUUCGAUGAGGAUGUUAAUCAUGCACCGCUACAUGUCCUAGGCUACCUCCUUAUCUACCUCUCAAGCUGCGUGAAUCCCGUAGUCUAUGUAACAAUGAACAGACAGUACAGACUGGCAUAUUUGGACACCUUGAGGUGCAGAUACAACAGCAACUUGGACUCCCAACAGACUCAACCUCCUCCAAGCAAAAACGCUUCAGUGUCAUAUCUCAAGAAUAUGGUAAUACAGACCAGUCCGAAAGUAUAGCACAUAAUCACACUGUUUUUGUCAAGUAUUAUUUGUUACAGAUUAUUGUGUGGUGGUGCUGUGUUUAAAACUGAAUGUUAAAAAUGCAAUGUCAUUGUCUGAAAUGUACGAUUUAUAAGUUGACUGAAAAGAAGAAUAGAUCUUAUAAAAAUUGAGGCAAAUCCUCAUUAAUCAAUCUGAUUGAUGAAAAUCGAGCUCAAAAAAUAAUACAGUGGAAUUUACCAAUAUUUUGAAAUACAACAAUAAUUGAUGAUAAAGAAAUAUUAAAUCGUUUUUGUGAUCUGGCGUUGAAACACUUAUUCGGUGUACCAAAUGAUCUGAUCUGAUGUAAUUUUAAGAAAAAUAUAAUUUUGAUUUUAUUAAUUAUUAAUUUCAUUAUAUGCUAUCAAAUUAUUGCAAUAUUGCAAUUGUUAUAAGAAAUUGAUUUACUCCACUUGCAACCAAAAUGUAAUAGUAGGGGAGCUCAAAGCGUUGACUGGGCAGCUACUCGAGCGUCGUAGGGAUCUAUUGUGUUUUGAAGAUUAGGUGGCAGAAAAAAAGGUUUAGUAGUAGUAGUUUAGUAGAAAUACUUGAACGCGUUAGAU